CCACGGACCCCACAACGUGCGUCGCGAGAGGCGUCCCGUCGUCAGCUUUCCCUUUUUUCAACCUGGUAUGAGCGAAAAUUGCAAAUUACCACGACCUGCAUCGAUCUUGGCGAACCGCAUCGGAGGCUAAUUCCAGAGCAGGUAUCGUGAUUGUGUCAGCCAAAACACAGUCGCUACAGCGCUGUCGCUUUGAUACCGCGCUGGCAAUCCGCGUCGGGUACGCACAGUAGCGGAACGCCAGGUCCUUGGUACCAGCUUCGGGAACUACCCUGCAAUCUCCUGCGAACGACUGCACGAACAUCUAGAUUGCCUUUGCACGAGCGGAGCGUCAUCCUUUGAACCGAUUGACGCUGCCGACAGGACGGGAGUCGCAUUCUGACACUCACGUCAAAGAGCGAAGCGGUCUAUUUCCUGCAUGUCUCUGCUGCGGAUAGCUGCUGCAAACUCGCCCCACCAGUUCAUUCAGCCUACCGAGCGCGCAUUGGGAUCGUAAAGAGUGCCCGCGCGCACAAGCCCUGCGUCGUACAAGUUGCAGCAGACUGCCCCCUCUGUGCAUUCUGUCUUCUGUUCGACAUCCAGGUCAUUCGCCGAAGUUGGAACUGCGUAGACGUAUGCGUCACCAGGUCGAACGACGAGACAGCAAGCAGUGUCUGGUCGUUGAUGAAGACUGCGGCAUCCCAUCUUCACUCGUCGAAAGCUAUCGAUCACGAACCGAAACUGGGCCGCGGGCCCAACAAGAUCCCAGGAGCUAUCUGCUGUCGAUGUCGGAUUACGACAAAACGCAGAGUUACGAUGUGUACGACUACCAAACAGCCACACGACCCGAGCAGGGGCAACAUGCCUACGGCGCUUUCGCUGCACACCCUUCCUACGCCGCCGAUUAUGUAGCUGCUCAGGCGCAGGUACCAUCUGGUCUUCCCCAAUCAUCCACCACUAUCGGUCUGGUGCCUCCUGCUCAACAGUACGCGACGCAUGAUCCAGCCUAUUAUGGUCAGCAGGUGGCUCAGUACCCUGCAUAUCUCGAACAGCCCGCCCGUCAAGUUCCCACGAUACAGAGCUACACUCCGAACUCAGGUCCGCCAGGAACGCAAGUGACGAUCUACUUCUACAGCCCGUACGACUUUGAUGCACCGCGAGUCACACCAAUCAUCAUGUUCGGCACCAAGCGAUGCGAAAGCGUCUUGACGAAAACACCGCACGAGCAAGGCUUCCAAUAUUCGCUCCAAUCGACAACGCCUUCCUUGACUGAUACUCAUUCCCCAACGCCCGAAGUGCCAAUUCGCCUCAUCAUGGACGACAGCGCCGUUAGCUGGGAUUCGCCGCCGAACAUCGACAUUGGAAAUUUCACAUACCUCGAUCCACCGACUUACUACGCCCUCGAUUCGCCUCAAAUGACUGCCGCGCCGCUUCAGGCUCCUCGCAAACGCAAGUUGUCGUCGGACGCGUCUCCGCGACGCUCGCCAGCCAAGAAACCAUCGAUGCAGCAGUUUCCACAAUCGUACGCGCAAUCGCCCAGUGCUCAGUACAAGCGCCCAAGCGCUCAGGACGUGUAUCAGCACGGGAGAAGAUACAGCAGUGGAACAUCGGAAUACCAGAAUGCAUACAAUCCGUCGAUGUCGCGCAUGCCGUCGCAUCAGUAUUACGGCCAGUCCGCGAGUGCCACGCCUUCGCUCACAACAUCACAAAGCCCUUCAUGGUCCUCGUAUGCGCCAGGCGUGCAGACGACUCGCAGUCCUUCCAUGAACUCUCUGUCAGCUCACAGCAAGAGUUCGCAUCUCCUGCCUUCACCAGCCGGAGGAGUUGCGCCGCCUUUGAUACGCACCUCCACACUACACGGAUCGCCAACAACACCAGGCGCGUCGAUGACGAGCACACCAGUGUUUAAUCCCUACACCGUUUACCCGUCGAACACGAAGGCUAUGCUCAAGAUCGAAGGCGACCUCAAUAAGAUGGCAGACGGGUGGACUGCUGCAGAGUGGGAAGCAGGGCGUCGCCUAGUGCAAUUCAGACGCAGCCAAUCUGGCAGCGUGAUCUCAGCCACAUUCGAACCCGUCACGUUGGAGGACCGCCUGCCCAACAGCAUUUGUGUCAGCUGCAUCUGGUGGGAGGAAAAGCAGGAAUGCUACGUGACAUCGGUCGAUACGAUCUCACUACUGGAGUCUCUGGUCGCAGUGCGCUUCACGGUCGAGGAGAAGAACCGAAUCCGCCGAAACCUUGAGGGGUUCCGUCCGGCAACGGUCUCGAAGACCAAGGCAGACUCUGAGGCUUUUUUCAAGGCGAUCAUGGCAUUCCCGAACCCCAAACCACGGAAUAUCGAGAAAGAUGUCAAGGUGUUCCCAUGGCGCAUCCUGGCGACGGCUUUGAAGAAGAUCAUUGGCAAAUAUUCCGCAAGCUACUCGUCAACGGCCGGUGUGUUGCACGCACCGGGCUCAUCAGCCUACGCGGUGAGUCGCCCGUCUGAUGUUGGCAUCGAUCAGCGAACCGCGGCUUCACCACGUUCCGCCUCAAGUUCUGCCGCUUCGCAUCACGCAUAUGCCCCGCCACAGAUGUCGCAUAAUGUCUAUCACGGGAUGCCAGCAGGACUCGGCAUCGGGCCGUCAGGACAUCCAGAUCCACGCCUCUCUGUUCCUACAUCCGCUGGCGCACAGCCGAUGCACUACAGUUCGGAGCUUGGAUAUUCCAACUUCAGCUACCUGGCGUCCCCAGCGACUGGACUGCCAGGCACUGCGCAACAGUCGUACGCUUAUCAGCAGCGCAUCCCGUCACUGACAGGACCCACGACCAUUCCAGCCGAAGCCAGGUUCGUGCCCUUGCAAGAUUACGAGGGCCACCAGACCUCGACGGCUUGAGGCGUAUGGGUGUGUGGUUGCGUUUGAGUCGCAUCACUGGGAGCGACAGCUGAUCAACCAGCUCUCACGCGCUAGCCGCAUCGGAAGCUUUCGACACUCUUCACACACCACUUUCACCGCAAACCCAGUUUCAUCUGACCCACCACUGUCUUUGUUCCAAGGCAGAUGAUCCAACUCAGCCACCGAGAGGAUCACACCAAGGAGCAAAGCCCACAAAUUUUUUCAUACUUGACAGUUUUCUCUCUCAUUUGAAAAACGCCAGCAUUGCGACAGGCGUUUUCAUCACGAUCAGCAUAUUUAGCAUAGACUCUACCUUCACGGGAAAGAUACCCACUACACGGCGCCAAGUUGUUUUUUGGAAUUUCGGAUUAUCGCAUUUGCAUCCUCGGAGGAGCAUUCGAGAGAAGAUGAGAGGAGAGAAGGCAACACAAUUGGAAGAGGAGGAAGAGGUUAGCGACAGCAUUUUCCCAUCGCAUUAAUUCUCACAUGGCUUUGCGCUCUCGCUUAAUCGAACAGUGCGACGAGCGACUGCGAAGGAGGUCUGAUGUCGUCCGGAUGACGAC